AUGAACAUUGGUCCCAACAGCGGCAAGGCGGCGCGCUACCAGCCAACGCCGCAGGUGCAGAAGAAGGAAUUGGUGCACCGCAACCCAAACCACGUCGCGAAGGACGUGUACGACGCGCAGUGUGGUGUGAACCCAUUGUUGGCCCGGCUGUACAGCGACGGCAUCUCCAGUGGCGCCCGACUUGGCGUGCCGAACCGCCUGGCGCAAGACGUGCCGUGGACGCCGGAUUUGGUACGCGGCAAACAACAAGUUGAACCAUCCGCGAUGUUGAGGGGCGUCCCAGAGGCGCUCCAAGAGGAUCCGCCGGCAUCACGUACUUCGCUGCCGCCGACACCACCACACCGCACUCUCCAGUUGUACAAACAGCCCAAGUACCGUGAGGAGGAACUCAAGCGGAUCCUAACUAUCAGCUUUGCUGAGAAUAAAGCGGCCACAUUGUCUUUUAAGCGAGCGCCGUCCAAUUCUGCUCAGCCAAAUCAAUCUGCUGCCGCCACCAUGCAUGCGAAAGGGGACGACGAGGGGUUGGAGAGUGGAGACGGCAAAGUGACUCUGGCACAGGGCGGCUCUAUCCCACGCUUCACAAAGUUACGAUCAAAUGCACCGAAUGAGUUUACAUACCUUGUCAUGCGGCCACGGGGAAUUCGAGAUCCGUACAAUCCGUACGACUUGCAAGCCGUGUCGCAUAAAGACAUUGAUCCCAUGCACUAUUACACUGUUUCUGCAGCGGGUGUGACAAAAUUUAGUGGGCAUGAAGCUGAAUUUAUUGAGUUACACACAUGGGAGCGAGAUUGUCGGAUCUUUAACCAGUUGAGGCAGCUGGAGGUUUUUCGAGACUACAAGAAGUGGAAGAGUUUUAUUGUCUGGCGAGGACUUGUUCGUAAUCACGCCAUGUCUAAUUGCAAAACAUUUCUUACGAAAAAUCUAUUUCACGUGCACCCGCAGCUCUCCGGCGCGUUGUGGGCUGUAUGGCGAACUUGUUUGGAAUGCCUCAACAACAACAGGAUGCAUCUCCCGGCGACGGAAACCCGUACUUUGGAGGGCUUUUGUGCGGCGGCGGCGGCUCAUUUGAACUUUCAACGAAAUCGCUUAGAAAAGAUGAUUAAGGGCAUUCGAGACACCGUGGAACGCGCAUGCAAGGCGGCCAUGUUGGCCGCACAGAUGGAACGCGAGAGCGUCAGUGCCCUUCACGCCGAAGAUGAGAAGAAAAAGAGGAAACUCAUCGACAUUCGCGAAUUGGGGACGCAGCAGAAGCCUACUUACAUUGAAAUGUCACAAAAAAAGGCUGUCUGCCAGCGUCUCACCGCAUUCAUUCGUUUAUGCGACCACAUCAUUAUUCACUGCCUGACAAACUUGGCUGCAAGAGCCGUAGAGGAUGUCUACCACGAUUUUUGUUACCCCAAGACCUCCGUUGUGGCACAAACCGCCGGAAAACGGCCCUCUCUUCCUUCGAUUAGGUUAAAACGACAUGAUCCCCUUACGAAAGCAGAGGUGCAGAAGUCACCCAUAAAUUUCGAUGGACCCAUUUUGAGUCUCAGUAUUCUGUACAAUGACAAGGAUGAGACUAUUGGUAUCACACCCUCCCUUUCCCACAUAUUGGAUUGUGUGGAGGAUAUUGUGAAGGAUUACAUCAAGACAUUGAGUGCGGUCCCAAGACUUGUGUUAAUGGAUACAUUUAAAGUGUUCACGGAUUUUGCUGCCGAUGAUCCUCAAGCGGAAGUUUCUCCUGGCCCUGCCGUUGGUGAAAUGAUUGUCUCUGAGGACGCAUACAAACAACAUGUGGUGUCCAUACGUGAGGACAUUGAAAAGGCAUACAUGGUUGUGGAAGAAUACAUGAACACCUUUCAAUGCUUUCGGGACAUGUAUGUGGAGAACUGCCGUCUUAACGCUGAAGAGUUGCUGCAUAGCAAUAUGAGCUUAGAAUUCUUCCGUGAGCGCCUUGCCCUCUACAAGGCUCAAAGUGAGGCCAUCACUAGUCAGAUACCCAAUUCAAAAAAUGUGGCAUUUUUCAUAGUCUACACAGAGGCCCUGCGAGACUUCUUUAGUCCGAGCCCCGUGGAUUCUCUGGAGGCGUUCCAUCAACUACUCCCUGUCAUUGCGCACCAGCAGAACGAGUUGCUUUUGGCAGAUUUGCAGAGUUGUAACGCAUAUCUUUCUGCCCAGCCAAAGACUGUGGAGCAAUAUGUAGAGCAUCUCGCCUAUUACAAGGCAUUAGAGACACGAUUUGAUACCAUUGCCACGUCGUAUGAUUUUAUCCGUGAACUGUUUAACCUCAUCCAAGAAGAAAAGGUUCCACUUGAGGAGGAUGUGGAGGAAACCUACCGGAGUGGAACGAGGCCUCAGUUUGAAAAACUACGGACGUUGAUGCAAAUAGUUGAUGAUGGCAAGGACGCACAACAGCGAUUCUUUAUCCGCAACGUGGACGAGCAGAUGGAAGAGCUUCGUCGCCGUAUCGAGGAUGUGUACGACCGUGCCGGACAGCCAAUUGUCGCGGAUGACAAGGCAGAUGUGGAUGUGAUGAUUGAGUUUAUUACAAAACUGCAGGCGGAGGCGGAGGGCAUUGCAGCGCGGGAGAAGGAGCUCCGACAGUUUCAGAUUGCCAUUGGAGGUGAAGAGACGGUGGUGGAGUCCAUGACAGACAUGCUGAACGAUGUGAGCAUCAAGGCGCGGCUGUGGGUGGGGCUGCGGGACUGGGACGUUUUCACGGAGGAACAGGCAGUUAUUCCGUUUGAACAACUUGACGUGCCGGCGGUGCAGGAGAUUGUUCAAAAGUACGUGACGACGGUGAAGCAGGUGUCGUCAAAGUUGCCAGGAAACGCGGCCGUCUCAAAGUUGAAAUCCAACGUGGAGGAGUGGCGUGUCCUCACGCCAAUUCUGUUGGCCCUCACCAACCCAAAGAUGAAGCUGGAGCACACGACCAAAGUCUCCAACGUGGUGGGAAAACUGGAGGAUGAGCAUGGCGUCUCUAAGACUCUUGCGGAAUGGAACAAUCAAUUUACGCUCGGUAUGCUCCUAAAGAAUAACAUUGUUAAAUACAAGGAAGAGAUUCUCGCCAUCAGUGCCGCGGCGACGGAGGAGGACAAGUUGCAGCAACAGAUUGAUAAGGUCAAUGCACUCUGGAAUGGUGGAGGCCUUAAGCCGCCGAUGGAGUUCCAGUUCCACAACCACAAGGAUAUCAAGGACCUCUACACACUUGUGGGUUCCUCUGUGGAAGAUGUCACCGCAUUGCUUGAAGACUCGUCCAUCGCCAUGUCGACAAUUGGGUCAAGUCGUUGCUGCCAAGGUGUGUUGCGUGCGCAGGUGGAUCGCUGGGAACACCGUCUUAAAUACAUGCGAGAGACGCUUGAACGAUGGGUGGAACUUCAGCGUAACUGGAUUUAUCUUGAAAAUAUCUUCUCCUCCGCGGAGAUUCGUAGUCAGUGGAAAGACGAUGCAAAACGCUUUGAAAAAGUGGACCGUUUCUUCCGUGAUUUGAUGCGAAAGGCACAUGAUAUGCCUACUGCCUACCGUGGGUUGCUCAUUAAUGCACCUCUGGAAACGAGUGAGGCGACCACCUCAAAGACACUCAAGUUGGAUAUUGAAAACAACAUCAAAGAACUGGAAAAGGUGUUGGCAAGUUUGGAGCGCAAACUGGAGGAGAAGCGUUGUGCCUUUCCGCGCUUCUACUUCCUUAGCAACGAUGACCUGCUUGACAUUCUUGCAAAGGUAAAAACCCCUGAAUUAAUUAUGCCGCACAUGUUGAAGAUGUUUGAUGGCAUUAAAACUCUUUCUUUUUUGGAGUCCAACGACAUCACGCACCUUGUGUCAAUGGAAGGGGAACGGGUGGAGCUGAUCAAUAAGAGUAUCAAGGCACGAGGUCCGGUGGAAGUAUGGAUUGGCAUGCUGGAACGUGAAAUGUUUGCAACGCUUCGUAAACACGCGAAUACGUGCCUUAGCGAUUACGAAGCGGUGAGUGAUCGCACUAACUGGAUGUUUCAACACCCUGUUCAACUCGUUCUUAUUAUGGAGCAACUGCUAUGGACACGCGGAGUGGAGGAGGCGCUUGGAAAUCCACACUCCGAUCGUCUCAUGUCGAAAUUCCGGGAGGAAAACUACAAAAAACUGGAAGAACUUGCGGGUUUGACGGCACAAAAGUUGUCCAAAUUGCAGCGGAUCCUUCUUUCAACACUCAUCACUAUUGAUGUUCAUGGACGUGAUUUAGUGGACGAAAUGUGCGAAAAUGAAGUGUUGGAGGCGAAGGAGUUUGGCUGGACGAAACAGCUUCGUGUCUACUGGGAGCAAGACGAGGAUGGUUACGGGAACAUCUUUAUUCGGCAGAACAACUCACGUUUUGUGUACGGCUACGAGUAUUUGGGAGCGCAGGGCCGUCUUGUCAUCACCCCGUUGACAGAUCGUAUCUACAUGACGGUGACUGGGGCGCUGAAGCUAAAUCUUGGUGCAGCGCCCGCAGGUCCUGCAGGAACUGGAAAGACAGAGACCGUGAAGGAUUUGGCGAAGAAUUUGGCCCGCCAGUGUAUUGUCUACAACUGCUCCGAUGGUGUGACGUACAAAAUGAUGGAGAAGUUUUUCUCAGGCCUCAUCCAAACAGGGGCGUGGACCUGCCUGGACGAGUUUAACCGCAUCAACAUUGAGGUCUUGUCCGUCAUUGCCUCCCAAUUGCUGGAAAUAAAGCUUGCCCUGCAGAAUGGACUUGAGACAUUUACGUUCCAAGGGACGCCCAACGUGCGCGUGCGACGCACCUACGGUGCCUUUGUCACGAUGAAUCCUGGAUAUGCUGGACGCACAGAACUUCCCGAUAACCUGAAGAUUCUCUUCCGACCUGUGGCUGUCAUGACACCUGACUUCCGUAUGAUUGCAGAGGUGAUUCUUUAUUCCGAGGGCUUCAAGAACGCCAAAGAUCUCUCAUUGAAGAUCACGCAGUUGUAUAAACUUAGUUCCGAGCAGCUGUCACCCCAAGAUCACUAUGAUUUUGGUAUGCGUGCUCUUAAGUCUAUUCUUGUCAUGGCAGGUGAUUUGAAACGUUCCCAACCGGAUGUGGAAGAAGAUCUCACCCUUAUUGUUGCAUGUAAUGACUCGAAUGUUCCCAAGUUUGUCGCGGAGGACCUUCCCCUUUUCCGAGGUAUUAUGCAAGAUCUUUUCCCUGGUGCUAGCUUUCCUGAAAGGCAGUAUGAAGAGUUACUGCCUGCCAUGCAUAAGAGCAUUGAGACCAACAAGCUGAUGGCCCUCGACACGUGGAUAAAGAAGGGCAUUCAAUUUUAUGAAACACUAAUUGUUCGCCAUGGCGUCAUGUUGGUGGGCGUCACGGGAACAGGAAAAACGGAAAUUCGAAAUUGCAUUGCAGAUGCUCUCUUAACGAUGUCCGAGGCAGGAUCAACCAAUCCCAUGGCGCGGCCAGUGCAUCAGUUUGUCAUGAACCCCAAGUCUGUGCUUUUAUCCGAGUUGUACGGUCAGUUGGACGUCAACACGAAUGAAUGGCGGGACGGUGUUUUAUCGGUGAUUGCGAAGAAUUGUGUGAAGGACUCGGAGAUGAACCAUGACCAUCGCUGGAUUGUUUUUGAUGGGCCUGUGGACACGCUAUGGAUUGAGUCGCUAAAUUCCGUUCUGGAUGACUCCAAGUUGUUAUGCCUCGACAGUGGGGAGCGUAUCAAGUUGCCCGAGACCAUCCAUAUGCUCUUUGAGGUUGCAGAUCUUGCCGUCGCCUCACCCGCCACGGUCUCACGGUGUGGUAUGGUGUACCUCGAUGCUGCAGACCUGCAUUGGA